CUGUGUUUCCUUACAAGAGUCCAAGCUAUUGUUCUAGAUAGUUGUAGGAGAUUUAGAUCUAAUGUGGAUCAUUGUACUAGCUCUUAAUUCACAACCGUCAGUGCCCCCGGCGACAACCUCUCAAUCUUGUCAGACAUCUCCCUCCACAGCCUCUUCUGAACUCGGUUACCUUCUGGCUUUGAACAAAAUUCACCUCAGUCUUCACUUGACACUCGCUCAAGUAUUGCCCAUGAGUCUCCUUGCCCGCUUUGCACACAGUUUGUUCUCGAUAUCGAAAGUGAAAUUUCUUAUCACUUCCAACGCAUCGUUGAUGACUCUUUGCGUUGCCAGAAUAAAGUUUCCAUGAUAUCUAGAAACAACGUGAAAAACUCUCGUUGAAAGAUUACGUGUUCAAGGACGGUCCUCACUUUAUUAAUAUAACUCCGAAGAUAUCACAUAAUCCUUCAUUGUGCCAGAGGAACCUCAAACAUGAGCCACGCUUCAUCGGUGACGUGAAGCAAGUGAACUUGGUCACCGCGGAACACAA